AUGAAGACACAAUCAUGGCUCUUGCUAUUGGCUUGUGUUGUAGCUCAAGCCUCGCCAACGGUGGAAGAAAACCGCAGACCUGACGCUCCUGGUCAGAAUAUCCAUAAAACCGGAGAACCACCCGCAGAACGUACUAUAUUUGCAGUCCUUUCUUUGAUAUACAUGACAGUUCUGUCCUUACUACUAGGGUUCCGCGUUGGUCGACAGCGCAAUAACGGAAUAUGGAAGCGAAACAUCACGUCCAUGCUUGUUCUUGGCCUAUUUUUCAUCGUUAUGGCGUUUAUUAUUAGCACCACAGCCCUAGUGGCCGGCCAGGGAUUGGACACGGGCUCGCUCUGCAAUGCGGUCGGUUUGACCUGCGUGGUCUGCUACACCUUAGCCAAAAGCAUCAUCUAUCUCUUCUUCAUCGAGCGCAUCCACGUCGUUCGUGCGCCUUUCUUUCCCCGAAGUCGCGAUUGGAUUUACAUAACUUGCAUGAUCCUGGUCUUUGUUAUCUUUGUUGUUCAAUUCACCAACACGUUUCUUCGGCGAGAUAGCGAGAUGCAGCAGCGUGACGGGCGCUGCCACAUGGGAAUAUGGAGGGUUGCGUCCAUUAUGCUUCUUACCAUUGAUGUAGUUAGCGGCUUAGGCUUAACCGGCUUGUUCUUCUACCUCCUUCAUCCGGUAACCAAGGCUCAUGGCUCAGCACUUGCGCCUGCGCCUGGCGUUUCCCGUUCUGGUGCGGCAGGGGAGGCAUUCAUGGCCGAGAAUAACAGAUUCGAAUCGGCUAUCCAGCGCAACAUUCGAAUACUACUACGGAAGAGUAUUAUAGGGGGCUUUCUUAUUGUCACUCCGACCAUCGCCAACAUGAUUCAGCUGGUCAUCACAGAGGUGCAUGAGUUAGCUAUUAUAUGCUUGAGUAUCUGCAUGCUCGACGUGACAUUGAACACAGUGGUAGUGAACUGGCUUACCUUUGGAUCUAGUGCCGAGGCAGAGAGGAAUCUGACCCGUUUGACACAAGAUCGUAUGCAAACUUUGCAAGGGCAAUCCUCACCACCUACCACAAGCAGCGGAGGGGACGGGAGAGAUGGAGAACUCGGACUCGAGAUUGCUACGCAUGGGCUGCUCAGAGAACCCGCACCGCAAGUUGCGGCCACGUCAAGUGCCAGUGAAUUAGAUACAUCACCGGGGUAG